UUUUUGAGAUGUGGGUGCACACAUACAAUCCAAUUCCAAAAGUGAUGAAUGUAGCCAUUUUCCGAGAACAGCCAUAAAACCUUGUCUUUCUUCUCUAAUAAUCGAAACCAUCUUAAAUCUCACUUUUUAGGUCGCUGCUCAAAAAUUCUUGCAUCCUGUUCCUCUGGCUACAGCUCACAGCGCCCAACUACCCUCAAUAUCAUUCAAUUCGAUCUAAUCCAAUCUAAUUCCAAUAUCCUCAGCUCCCAAUUUUUCUACUUCGUAACCCUAAGUUCCUAAUUUUUCAGGAGCCAAGGCAUUCCAGAUCUCAAAGAAUAGGCCUUUUGGAGUUAUGGAAAAGGGUAUAGGGUUAGAUUCUUUAUCAGAUAUGGAUGAUUUCGCAAGUACUUUUGCAAAGGGUGUGGGUUUAGGAUCUUUAUCAGAUGUGGAUGAUCUGGCAAGUACAUUUGCAAAGUUGAACAGAGUUGUCACUGGGCCAAGGAAUGUAGGAGUUAUUGGUGACAGAGGAUCUGGAUCUUUUUCAAGGGAAAGUUCAUCUGCCACUGACUGGGCACAAGAUGAAGACUUUUCUAGCUGGUUGGAUCAGCAAAUGUUUGAUAUUGAAAAUUCUCAGGAGGGAAAGAGAUGGUCAUCACAGCCCCAACCUUCUUCAGCUCGUUUUUCAGAAUCGAAACCUCUGCACAGAACAUCCUCAUAUCCCCAGCAGCAACCGCAACUACAGCGCUACUCAAGUGAACCAAUUCUCAUACCUAAAUCAAACUUCAUGUCUUUCCCUCCUCCUGGUGGCCAGAAUCAACAUGCUUCACAAGAUCACCUUCUUGCUGGUGGACCACAGCCCUUCUCGAAUUCAAACCUCUCUCCUUCAUCCAACUCUAAUCUUCAACUGGCCGCCAUACAUCCUGGGUUACAUUAUCGUGGAAAUAUGCCCUCAGUCAGCUCUCCUGGCCUUUCCUUUAAUAACAGGCCUCAAAAUCACUGGGUUAACCAUGCUGGCCUAUUACAAGUAGAUCACUCUAGCCUCUUACAGAGUCUAUUGCAGCAACAAUUAUCCCAUCAAAAUGGCCUGAUCUCACCACAUUUGAUUUCACCACAGCAGCAGAGACUGCAUAAUCCAGUCCAACCAUCUUUGGCUCAUUUAGCAGCGAUGCAGUCCCACCUUUAUAAUACUCAUCCUUCAUCAGCACAUAAAAUGAUGUUUGGAUUAUCAGAUCAAAAACACAAAUCAUCACAUAAAGGACGGCAGAAUACACGUCUUUCUCAACAAGGUUCGGAUGCCAGCAGUCAGAAAAGUGAUAGUGGCUUGUUGCAAUUCAGAUCCAAAUAUAUGACAUCUGAAGAGAUAGAAAGUAUUCUGAAAAUGCAGCAUGCUGCUACACAUAGCAGUGACCCAUAUGUUGAUGAUUAUUACCAUCAAGCUCGUCUUGCCAAAAGAUCUGCUGGAUCAAGAGCUAAACACCAGUUCUGCCCAUCUCACAUGAAAGAACUUCCAAAUCGUGGUCGUAACAGCUCUGACCAGCAGUCUCAUCUCCAUGGUAAUGCUGCUGGGAAGAUUCCUCUCUCUAUACAUAAACCACUUCCUCUGCUUGAUGCUGAUCCUCCCGGUUCUGUUGAUGGAAGCACUGAGCAAGUCUCUGAGAGGCCUCUGGAACAGGAGCCUAUGCUUGCAGCUAGAAUUGCUGUUGAAGAUGCAAUGUGCCAACUCCUUGAAGUGGAUGAUAUUGAUCGGUUCCUACAAUUCAAUCAACCCCAAGAUGGUGGGGCUCAACUCAGGCGUAAGCGGCAGAUGGUGCUUGAAGGAUUAGCAGCUUCCCUUCAGCUUGUUGAUCCACUUGGCCAAAGUGGCAAAACAGUUGGAUUGGCUUCCAAGGAUGAUCUUGUGUUCCUGCGGAUAGUUUCUCUCCCCAAGGGUCAGAAGCUCAUAUGUAAGUUCCUGCAGCUUCUUUUCCCUGGUAGUGACCUCACCCGAAUUGUCUGCAUGGCUAUAUUCCGUCACUUAAGAUUUUUGUUCGGUGGCAUUCCUAAAGAUUCAGCAGCAGCUGAGACAACUAUGAAUCUUGUCAAGACUGUCUCAGCAUGUGUUAAUAGCAUGGAUCUUCAUGCAUUGAGUGCUUGCCUUGUUGCAGUGGUUUGUUCUUCAGAGCAGCCACCAUUUAGACCUCUUGGCAGCCCUGCUGGGGAUGGUGCCUCUAUCAUUUUGAAAUCUCUUCUUGAGAGGGCAAAUAAACUAUUAAUUGAUCCCCAGGCUGCAGCAAACUGCAGUGUAACUAAUUUUGCCCUUUGGCAGGCCUCAUUUAAUGAAUUUUUUGAUCUUCUUACCAAGUAUUGCCUGAUUAAAUAUGACACGAUACUGCAAACAGUCUAUGCAAACAAUCCUCCUAAUGCAGAAGGCAAUGAUUUAGAGGUGCGUGCAGCUACAAAACGUGAAAUGCCUGUGGAGCUUUUGCGCGCAUGCCUUCCCCAUACUGAUGAACGCCAGAUGGAGCUUUUAAGACACUUUGGACAGCAACGAAAUUCUGUUACUGGGUUGAAUGCACAUUCAGGGAAUAGUGGUCAGAUGAACUCUGAAUUGGUGAGGAGUUGAAGAACGAACUAAAGAUAUCCAGAAUGCCGUAGCUCUUCUCUGUGCAUCCCACUUGAUACUUUGGCGGAGAAACUGCUUGGUAUUGCAGGUGGGCAAAAAGCGUAAGGUUACUGCUUAAUUAUCUUUCCUUGAAAGUGUGUAUUAUGAUGAAAAUUAUUCCUGGGAGUUGGCGACUAGAAGUUUGUUUGUUUAUGAGGGGGCUUGUUUAGUCGCAACUGCAGGAAAGUUACAAGCACAGGGGAUAGAAUGUACAGGGUGGUCUUAGAGAACCAUCAAAUCCCUCUUUUCAUCAGCCAUAUCAGUUUGAAGACUUUUCUGAUUCAAAAAUGGCAUGAUGUGCUAGUAGAUAGAGGGUUGUAAUAAUUACAAAAUUCUGUGGGUUAAAACAGACAAGGUGUUAGAUUCUGGGAAUUAGUUAAAAUUAUAUUGGCCCAUUACAUCCUAUACUGCAUUUGUUAACCUUGAUGGUUUAGAUGUUCUGCGUCCCUCGCCAUCUCUCUCUACAUCAAAUGCAAUUGCUUUCAGACAUUAGGACAAGUCUAAUUUGAUUUCUGCAUCUUUCCCUUUACAUGGAGAUCAGUCAAUUUCAUUGCCAAGGGCAAACUGGGCAAGUUGUGUAGAUUUGAUGAAGCUUGUUUGAUUAUUUGUAUUAUGGAAUUUCAUGUUGAAUUUUAUUUAA